AUGCUGUGGACAAACUAUUUCGAAUUGACAGGAUACGGGAACCUCCUCCUCUACCGUUAUUCAAUCAAUAUUGCUCCUAUUGGCAGCGGUAAAGGUCCGGGUGCGAGAAAGACGAGACGUUUGGUGCAAUUGUUGCUCGAGGACCAUUUCAGCGACCACGAACUUGAUGUCGUUACGGAUUUCAAAUCGAACAUUCUCAGCAGGGUGGAAUUGGAUCUCCAAGAUCACUAUCGGGUGCCAUAUCGUCAAGAACACGAACAAGACCCGACCACCAAUGCCCCUGUGUUCCAGAUCACGCUUCGCCAAACGGCCGCUCUGUCCACUUCAGAAUUGGUGGAUUAUGUGACUUCCACACAAAGCGGCGCACUUUUCGGCUCCAAGGAUGAACUGAUCCAAGCUCUCAAUAUUGUGAUUGGACAUCAUCCAAAAGCUGCGUCUGACGUUGCGAACAUCGGAGCACACAAACACUACUCCAACGCAGCUACAACAGAGAAGUUCAACUUGGGCGUAGGGCUACAAGCAAUCCGAGGGUUUUUCAUGAGUACCCGAGCAGCCACAUCGCGGAUUCUUGUGAACGUCCAGGUCAAGUAUGGUGCUUUCUUUGAAGAAGGGCCCCUGGAAGGGCUCAUCAAUAUCUUCCUAACUCAGAAUGGGGACAGUAAGCUGAAGCUGGAAAAUUUUCUGAAGCGUUUGUCGGUGAGCGUCACACACAUCCAGCGAAAGGACAGGAGAGGAAGACUCAUCCCUCGCAUCAAACAAAUAUCUGGCCUCGCAUCGGGACGUGAUGGUCAGCAGCAGUCACACCGGCCUGUAGUACCCAGUUUUGGGGCCGGUCCGAAGGAAGUGAAGUUCUUCCUGGCACGUGUCGAUCCUGGCCCUCAGAACCAGGGACAGAGAUCUAGAGGAGGCAGCAGCAGCAGCAGUGCAACUCGGGGGGAGUACGUCAGCGUCUACAACUUCUUCAAGCAAACAUACAAUCUGGUCAUUCGGGACACCAAGUUGCCAGUGGUCAAUGUGGGAAGCAAACAAAAUCCAUCCUACCUCCCAGCUCAAGUCUGUGAUGUUAUCAGUGGGCAGCACACAACAACGAAACUGAGCCCGUUUCAAACGCAGAACAUGAUUCGAUAUGCAGUGCGUCCACCAGAGCAGAACGCCCGGUUCAUUGCAGCUGCUGGGGUGAGCUUACUGGGGCUGGUACCGACAAAUGCUACGCUGAAUAACUUUGGUCUUGGGAUCAAGCCCAAUUUGCUUUGCGUUCCCGCCCGUGUUUUGGACACCCCCAGGGUCCUCUAUCAUGGAAAGGGCGCUAUAAACCCUUAUGCGGGGAGCUGGAAUAUGAAAAACGUGCGUUUUUCGACGACUUCAAGCUUGCCUUAUUGGACUUACCUCGCAAUCUCAAUGCGUGGGUCUGCCUUAUCUUGGGGAUCUGAGCAAAUCCUGCAAACCGCGCUGGAUGGGUUUACCCAAAAAUUGAAAGAGCUUGGUAUUACCGCCGUCAGUCACACCCCGGGAUUGACUAUCACUCUCGACCACUUGACUGUGGAGAGAGAGAUCGACAAGUCUAUCCACUUAUUCAUGAAUAGUGAGAAGAGGAAGCCACCAAGCUUCCUGCUUGUCAUACUUCCCUCAAAAGACACCAGAAUCUACAAUUGCGUCAAAUUUGUAUGCGACAUCAAAGAAGGACUACUCAACGUUUGCACUGUGGGUUCAAAGUUCGUCAAACCUUACAACGACCAAUAUUUCGCCAAUGUCGCUUUAAAGGUCAAUUUAAAGCUUGGAGGCAGGAAUCAUUCACUUGACAACCAGAAGCUCGGCAUUGUGGCCGAAGGAAAAACUAUGAUUGUUGGUUUAGAUGUUACACAUCCUUCCCCGGGGUCUGCAAAAACGGCACCGAGUGUCAGCGGCAUUGUGGCUUCAGUCGACAACUGGCUCGGACAAUGGCCAGCAGAACUCCUCAUUCAACCUCCCCGUCAGGAGAUGAUUACGGGCCUUCAGCCGCUGAUUGAAUCACGACUUAAGCUGUGGCAAAAGCUCAACAAGUCCCUUCCCGAUAAUAUUCUCGUCUACCGCGACGGUGUCUCCGAAGGCCAGUACAACAAGGUUCUCGAGGAAGAACUUCCAUCAUUCCGAGCCGCUUGCAAGAAGUUAUACCCCCCGGACAAGACUAAAAACGGGUUUCCUCAUAUAACCAUCGUCGUCGUUGGAAAGCGGCACAAUACUCGCUUCUACCCGACCAAAGAAGCCGAUGCAGACAGAUCCGGGAACCCACGGAACGGGACGAUUGUCGACCGCGGUGUCACUGAAGCUCGAAACUGGGACUUCUUUUUACAAGCCCACACCGCUCUCCAGGGAACCGCUCGUCCUGCGCAUUACUACAUUGUGCUGGACGAAAUCUUUCGGCGACGACCUGUCAAACCACCCUUCAACAACCCUGCUGAUAUGCUGGAAGACCUGACACACAACCUCUGCUACCUCUUCGGACGCGCAACCAAAGCCGUCAGCAUCUGCCCGCCCGCGUAUUAUGCAGACUUGGUGUGUGAGCGGUCGAGAUGUUAUCUCAGCGGCCUGUUUGAUCCGGAGAUUGCGGACAGCGGCUCAACCAGCACUCAGUCGACGCAGUUACCAGAUCCAAAUGCGGUCAGAUUGCAUCCGAACGUGCAGAAUUCGAUGUUCUACGUGUGA